AAACAAAUAAUUUGUAUUAACACUUGGCGAAGCAGUGAGGGGUAUAAAGGGAAAAAGAAAAAAAAGGAAGAAAGGAGGGUUGGUUUUGGUGACGGAGAGAGAGAGAAAGAGAGAGAGACAAAGGUCCUCUUCCCCGUCCUUCGAGACGGUUUUCAUACUCCUUCCCCCUUCAUCCCCAGGUUGAUCUGCAUUUGAAUCUUAAGGUUCCUGAUUUAUUUUUUUGAAACAUGGAUGGAGUUCUUUUCUCGUCAAGUUGCCACAAUUAUUGUUUGUUUUCAUCUGAAGAAAUGCUCGACUGGCGUUACUUCAUCCUUGGAAAAUUUAUUCCGGUUUCCUUUGUUAAUUGCACUUAGUUGUCUGUUCGCCUUUAGUGAUCAGCACAGUGUGCUGGAUGCUUGUUUUUUCUGAGACAAGUGCUGCAUCUUUAUGGAAAUUGUACAAUGCAUUGCUGACCCAACAUCCAGUUGAAAUAACCGAACAAUCAACUUCUGGGGGAUGAAGUAUAUAAACUGGUGUCUGAUAUGGAUACUGCUUGUAUCUUUAGGGUUGGAUAAGCAAUUGCAUUGAAACAGUGCAGACUAUAGUUUUUAAUAAUUGUUGUCUUUGUCCCAAUGAGUAUUGGUGAUAGCUGAACUUUCUUUAAUAAUGCCUAAGUAGACUAUAUCAAGUGGCAAUUGUUGAAGUUCUAAGUGUUAGGUCACGGUGAUUUUAGGUAGAGAUUAAUCCUGUAGCAUUGAUCAAUCAUUUCAGUUAGACCUAAGAAAUGCUAUUAUGAUAUGUAGUAAUUGUUCAUUUCUACCUUCUGCGACCUGCUACCGUUACAAAGCCACAAGUCUAUUAAGUAUUAAUCAAUAAGGCUAUGCAGUUCUUCCAUCAGAAAGUUUCUGCUUUUUGCCAUUUUUUUGUCACAACAAAGAAUUGACAGUGGAAUUUGCUGGACCAGCGGAUAUCUGUAAUAUUUUAUACUCCUUUCUCAGCAUUGUCUGCUAUAGUUAAAUUCUAUCUAUCUUUCGAAUAAAGAGCCGAUUUGGGUUCUGUUGGAACAAUGGAGAGGUACAAAUUAAUUAAGGAAGUUGGUGAUGGAACAUUUGGGAGUGUUUGGAGAGCCAUUAAUAAGCAAAGCGGUGAAAUUGUUGCAAUCAAGAAAAUGAAGAAGAAAUAUCACUCUUGGGAGGAGUGUGUAAACUUGAGAGAAGUUAAGUCAUUACGAAAAAUGAAUCACUCAAAUAUUGUUAAGCUGAAGGAAGUUAUUCGAGAAAGUGACAUUCUGUACCUUGUUUUUGAGUACAUGGAAUGUAACCUUUACCAACUUAUGAAAAAAAGGGAAACGCUGUUUUCUGAUGAUGAAGUUAGAAACUGGUGUUUUCAAGUUUUCCAAGGUCUUGCGUACAUGCACCAGCGUGGAUACUUUCAUCGUGAUCUAAAGCCUGAAAACAUACUGGUCACCAAGGGUAUCAUCAAAAUUUCUGAUUUCGGCCUAGUGCGAGAGAUCAGCUCACAACCACCGUAUACUGAGUAUGUCUCCACACGGUGGUAUCGUGCUCCUGAAGUCCUGCUUCAGUCUUUCCUUUAUAGCUCCAAAGUUGACAUGUGGGCAAUGGGGGCUAUUAUGGCUGAGUUGUUCACUCUCCGUCCACUAUUUCCGGGUAGCAGUGAAGCAGAUGAGAUAUACAAAAUAUGCAGUGUGAUAGGUAGUCCAACAACUGAAUCUUGGGCAGAUGGACUCAAACUUGCUAGGGAUAUCAACUAUCAAUUUCCACAGCUAGCUACUGCUGAUCUCUCUGUACUGAUUCCGUCCAGAAGCGAUGAUGCAAUCGACCUUAUCAAAUCACUUUGUUCAUGGGAUCCCUGCAAGAGACCUACUGCAGCAGAGGCCCUUCAGCAUCCUUUCUUCCAGAGCUGCUUUUACAUCCCUCCAUCGCUUCGCACCAGACCUGUAACCAGAACUCCUCCAUCUGUUGGAAUAAGUGGAGCAGUGGAUCGGCAAACUGUCAAGAGAUAUUCUGGUGCAUUGCCUAAUUCGAAACUCACCAAUAAUUUUUCUUCCAUGAAAUUACACCCUUCUUUAGCUCCAGCUGUGCAACGGAAGCUGGAUAUGGCAAAAGAGGAUGGAAUUAAAAAUAAGAAAUCGACGAAGACCACUCAACAAUCAAAGUAUCAACCACCAGGGAAAGCCAGCCCGACUUCUGUAAACAAGGUGAGGACUGCACGCGGGGUUUCAGAAACAGCUGACAAGCUGGCCAACAUGUCAAUUCCUACUAGAAGACAUUCCUUCGGUCAAACUCGUCCACCUCCAAUGAAGGCCGGAGUUAAUUGGGUUUCUGAACCUGGAAACAUCCUGCUCAGGUCCUCCCAGCAGAUUCCAACCGGUAGACCUUUCACAAAAAAAGUUGCUGGAUGAAGAAUAAUGACACAAGUAUAUGCUGACUUCGAAAAUUCUUUGAUGAUCAAUACUUUGAAUGUUUGAGUACAAUCUUUCCCGAGAGGAUGCAUGUUUGCACCUGUUCUGAUUACUUGGGUGACGUUUAACAUAUUAGUCCUACUUUUGUUGCUGUUAAACACGUUUUUUCUAAUGUAUCUAUGUAUUCUGUGGCAUUGAUACACAAACUCCUGCUACAGUUAUGCGGAUGUUUUUUAUUUUUGAUGCAUUUCAAUAUUGUGGAAUAUUAAACAGAUUGUGUUAAGACAGUUCCUAUGCAUUAUGAUAUAGUAAACGGCGAUGUUAUAGUA